ACUGAAACCGUCAAUCGUUUGGCUUAUUGACGGCGAUUUCGACGCAAAGGGUAAAUCUGUGCUGAACUGUUGACCGCUUGUUUGUUUCAUAAGUUCCAAUCUUUUGUUUGCGUAGUUAUGGAUAGUGCAUUUUGAUGCAAACCAGACAAAUCGUGUUUACAGAGAGAGUCUUAUGAAUUUUCAAUUAAGCAGCCAAGCAUUAGAUCGGAUUCUGCUUGCAAGGAGUAAUUUGACAAGAAGAUUAAUCGAUGAUUUGGAAUUUUUGUGUUAGUGAUACCGAUUGCAGUGGAGACAUUAGUUUCAAUUUAGGUUGAGGGCCUGAUUUAACGAUGUAAGAAGCAGUGCUGAAGCACAAACUUCAGUUGUGCCAUUUACUAAAAGAUUGCUGCAUAUUGCUACGCAACGCACGCGAAAAGUUGAGAAGUUUAACAGUUGAGUUAAAAAAAUCCUGAACCACAGCAACUGGUGAAGAAGACUAACUUAUGGUUUAACCUGGUGAAUUCUGUUUCAAAGAGGACAUGACGAAGCAGGAGUAUGUCACCUUCCGCUUCCAGAGAAGCUAGUUAAGUAUCUGUCCGAUUUAACACAACUGAAACACUACAACCUACAAAUGGCGAUUAUGUUAGGAGGUAAAGGAGACAACCAACUAACAAAAGAAUGCUGGAAUGAAACGAAAUCAAGAAAUUCUUUUUUCCGAAGUCAAUCGGAAAGCCCUCACGCAAACGGACAUGAAGCUAACAAUGAAACAAGCAGAGAGAAUAUGUCUAACUUAACUGGAAGAACUCAGUCAGAGAGAGAGUCGAAGGAAAUCACGAGUUCAGGAGGCUUUCCUCGUAUUUCUUCUGAUCCUUAUUCUCUUGUUGAUAUUUCAUUAAUUUCUGACGAAGAGCAAGGUAGCACAAAACUCAGAAAAACAGUUUCAUCCGAUGCAGCUGGCCUGGAAAAACUAGUUCAUAUUGACGGCGUACUACGUAAAAUUUCAUCGAAGCCCAAACAAGACCAGAAGUGGCUUCCAAAUCAAGUUUCAAAGAAAGGAAGACUUUCUAGACGGGCUUCCCUCCCGCCAACUUAUUUAGGAAAUUUCCUGUCUGUAAACAACAUCAGGAAGCGAGCAAUAAGCAGCGCUGCGGACGAUGCAGACGAUGGGGUCAUAUCUACACACAUAGACGAUCGACUUCCUUCGCAAAAUUCAACGCGGAAAGCUAAAAAUGCUGGACGAAAGAAAGUAAGACCAAUCAUAAACGAAGAGCAUCUUGUUUCAGAGAAAGAAGAAACAGAAGUAGUUCUGCCCGCAGUCGAAGUAGACGUUUUGAGUGAAGAGGUAGUUGAAGAAGAGAAUGACGGCUCGGGGGUAGCGCCUAUCGAGAGAUUUCGAAAAAUUGUUCAACUUCUUUGUUUCCUGCUGAAAAUGAAGACUUCUAUGGACAGGAAAUACCGCUCUCAAAACACAAAUGUGUUCGCUGAACUGGACGCGGAGACCGUAACCAGCGUGGAUUGUGAUGGCAUGAUUUUUGAUCCAACUACCUUUAAGGCGGUGCGAGAGGUACAGUUAAGUCAAGAAGCCAUUCACAUCCUCUCUCUGAGUCCCGGAUCAAGAACGGAGGAACAGCUUCAAACUGCCUUAGUUGCGCUGAAAACCAGUGUUGCUGCCUUCGGCGAGUAUCCGCUGAAGAUGCAGCGACGGUUGGUGUCUGUUGGCUGGUAUGAAAGAUUUGAGGCCAAGAGAGUUAUAAUUCGCCAAGGCCACAAAGCGGAGAACUUCUAUUUCAUUCUGUCUGGGACAGCACUUGUUACGCUAUUAGUCAACGAUGCGAAGUCCAGAGAACAGAGAAACACAACAGUUGCAGUUCUGGGGAAAGGAAGCAGCUUUGGGGAACUGGCCCUGCUUCAUCACAAAACCAGGAGUGCGACAGUUUUAUGCAAGGAUGAAGUUUCUCUCUUAGCGGUUUGCAGAGAGGAUUUUCGGGAUAUUUUUAUGAGUUACGAGGACGGCAGAGAACCAGAACAUAUCCGAUUUUUAAGAGGCGUCCCGUAUUUGAAGGAUCUUCCACUCGACGACUUAACGACUAAGCAUGACGUCUGCAUAUUUCAUUACUUCAGGCGUGGGGUUGUUAUAGUUAACGAAAGUAAGACGAAAUGGAUAUACGUCGUGAAAACGGGAUCUUGUCGAGUCCUAACUCAUUUGUCCAAAAAGACAGCAAAGUUAAAGCGGUCAGCCGGCAGUCCAGAGAAAACAAACGCAGUCCUUCCCGUGAUACCUGUGGACGAGGCAGACAGGAGGAAAGCGCUGUAUACAGCUGCUGGUGAUCGUAUCCGACCGAUCUUAUGGUCACCAGAAAUUAAACGGCCUAAGACUGAACCUUCCUUAUCCUCAAAGAACAACAAUGAUCUAACACUGCCUGCCUUGGUUGGUGAACCGGAAAAAUUCAGGAAAACCGCUAAAAACGUGACUUGGAUGGGACGUCUGAGCGCAUUAUCUCGAGAUAUCAGAGAUAGCGAAGAACAUCGGCAGAAAAUUGAACGCCUCCACAAACGGAUUAGUAAUGUGGAAAAACCCCGAAAUAAAACUCCUUCGAAUAACAAAAGACAACUUGAGACACCAGAGGCGGACUCAAAAAACGAGCAAGUGGUGGUGCAGAUAGAAUUACUUAAACCCAAGGAUCAGUUUGGUCUUUCGAUGCUGCUUUUCGAUAAUCCUGCCGUCAAAUGCCAUUUGGUUAGCAAUGGAGCGGAAUGUGUUUUGAUAAAGAAAAGUUGGUUCCUGCAGCAUGCUACAGAAGCAACAUUGCGAAAACUUAGAAAUCAGAUUCCUCCAUACCCAAGUCAAGCCACUCUCGAACAGAAAAUGCAAGAUCAGGCCAACUGGGACUCGUUUAAAACACAAACAAUCAAUUCUCUUCUAGAUACACUUCAUUUAUGAUACAUUCUCAGACAGUUUAGAAAUAUUUCCAGUUAUAAUUUCGCCAACUCUUCAGAUCAGUGAUCACAAGAACCAGCUGGUGGCCACUAUUAUUGUAUGACAUUGUUUCGGUCACGAACUGAUUUGCUUCUGUAAGUCUGCUCCACGCAAUUUUUUUCCUGCGCGGGAUCAAAGCGGACAAACCCGUGCGGGCAGAUGGGCCCAUGUUGCCCGCUCAUGUAGCCAAUCAGAACACAGGAUUUUCCCAUUUUAAGUAAUAUGGAUACCAUCAAACUGCUUGAAACGCGGUAAAAAAAUUUGUGACCAAGCGCGAAUGGUCAAACACGAUCAUUUAAUUCGAUAAUUGUAAAAGACAAAUUAAGCUUUGAUAUUUUUCGGUUAUGGUAGAAAUGAAAAAUUUAUUUAAACCUACUAAACCUAGUGGACUACUUUUCUAAACAAGAAGAAUAAGGCGAAAUAAAAUGAGCGAAAAACUUCGAGAAGGUUAAAUGCAUUAGGAAAAUAAAACAGAAGCAAGAGACUUAUGAUGUGUAGUGCUUUGCAUGUCGAUUUUACAAAUAAAAAAAACGUAGUGUAUUUAUAUGAAUACUUAUUUUUGAGACAAAGAAGGCUUCGUUCUAUUUAUUUUUGUAAUUAUUAAAAUGUUAUAAUACCUAUGCUUAUAUUUAUGUAU